CUCCAUUUUAGUUGAGCUAAAAAAAAGAAACUAUCGCACGCACACGUUGCUGAAUACUGAGUUACCAAAAAUCAAGGUAACUCAGUUCGCAGCCGGAGAAAAAAAAAUGGUGGGCCAAACCAAUCCAACACAAAUCAGCUUACACUAUUUAUAGCUUCCCAGAAUUGGCUGUGGCAGUGUCUGUCGCUGUCGUGCUGUGUUGGCUGGCUUGGCUCCCUCUGUUCUGUCGUAUUUCAGUCUCUCAGUUUAUUUGUGCUAAAAACAAAAACAAAAACAAAAACACAGAUUUUUAUUUGUUUUCAGAUACCCAAUAAAAAUCUUUGUGAACCUGUUGGAUAUAAUCAAGACUGGAUUUUCUUUCAAGUGGGUGUUUUUGUUUACUUCAAUGGCUUCUUGUAGCAUAGGAACUCCGAAUGUUGGAAUAUUAAAGGUGGACGUUGGCAGAGCAAAAGUUGAUAAUUUGCAUCAAUGUAAUGGUACAAAGGCGUGGUUCGGUAGAAGACAACCGCACUUUCGAGGGGUUGCGGUAUCAUAUCAACCAAAGAAAGCAUCCAUCUUACAUUGUGGUCCGACGCCGGAAACAGAAUCUGCUACCAACAGCGUGGACGAAAAAGAGACAAAAUCAUCUGGCUUGACAAGACCACUUAUUCCAAAUUCAAGUGAGGUUGAAUCUCUUGUCACAGAAAUAUGUGAUACAGCAACUAUUGCAGAAUUUGAAUUGAAACUUGAUGGAUUUCGGCUAUAUCUGACGAGGGAUAUAACUGAGAAAAAAAAAAUUCAAUCUCUGUCUGCUUCUGCUUCAACCUCUGCCCUUGCUCCUCCCCCUGCCCCUGCUCCUGCUCCUGCACUAGUCAGUUCGGAUUUAUAUGGGUCAUCAGUUCCUUCAACAUCUUUGGCUAUAUCCAAACCAGAACCAGUUUCAGGAGUCCAAUCUAUUAUUGAUAGAGCUGCAGAUGAAGGCUUGAAGAUACUGCUGUCUCCAAGGGUGGGUUUCUUCCGGAGAUCUCGAACUAUAAAGGGAAAGCGUGCUCCACCAUCGUGCAAAGAGAAGCAAAUAGUGAAAGAGGGUCAAGUAAUUUGCUACAUUGAACAGCUGGGUUGUGAACUCCCACUUGAGUCUGACAUAUCCGGUGAAGUAAUCAAAAUAUUAAGGGAGGAUGGGGAGCCUGUCGGGUAUGCUGAUCCUCUUAUUGCAAUUCUCCCAUCGUUUCCUGGCAUAAAGAAGCUUCAGUAGGUCUUCUAAUUUAUCUUUUCAAAGCAUUCAGAACAUUAUCGCGGUGAGCCAUUUGCGAUAGAAUGCAGAUUAUUUGUGUAGUCAACUUAUCAUUGCAGUUUAGUGGUGAUCCAUAAUUAUAUUUAGUACUCGCCAUUUACACUUUCUCAAAGUUUUGACAUUGCUUAAGGAAAGUACUCGAAAAGUAGAACUUUUUAGGAAGAAAUUGCAAAAGGAGAAUCCUUACUACAAAAUUAGCUAAUUCCUUGUUUUACAUUUUAGAGCAGAAAAUCUGACAAUUGUUGGAUCCAAGAUUUCAGUAUAUAAGACAGUAAAAACUCAGGAUUUCUUCUUUAA